AUGCCAUUGACAUUGCCAAAGUCACAAAGGUUUGAAAUGGUUGGCACUCGAGUUUAUGUUGGUGGCCUUGCUUAUGGCACCAGGGAGAGGGACAUUGAAAAGUUUUUCCGUGGCUAUGGGAGAAUACGGGAAGUUUUGCUGAAGAAUGGCUAUGGAUUUGUGGAAUUUGAUGAUCAUCGAGAUGCAGAUGAUGCUGUAUAUGAACUGAAUGGAAGAAGUUUACUUGGUGAAAGGUACGGUCCUCCAACACGCACCGAUUACCGGCUUCGAGUGGAAAACCUCUCAACUAGGAUCAGCUGGCAAGACCUCAAAGACUUUAUGAGGCAAGCUGGGGAGGUGACUUAUGCAGAUGCUCACAAGCAGAAGAGGAAUGAGGGUGUUGUGGAAUUUGCAAAUUAUGGAGACUUGAAGAAUGCCCUCGACAAACUGGACGGUGCAGAUCUGAAUGGUCGAAAGAUCAAGCUGGUCGACGAGAAGAGUCGACGCCGGUCUCGAUCGUCAUCUUCACGAUCCCGAUCCCGCUCACGCUCUCGCUCCCAGUCCAGGUCACGGAGUCGAUCCCGGUCAAGGAGCCGGUCAAGGUCUGCCAGUCGCUCAAAGUCUCCGGAAGCAGACAAGAAGAUGGUAGGCACCAGAGUGUAUGUUGGUGGAUUGCCUUAUGGCACACGGGAGAGAGACAUUGAGAAGUUUUUUCGUGGAUAUGGACGCAUCAGGGAGAUCCUUCUGAAAAAUGGAUAUGGAUUUGCUGAGUUUGAUGACUAUAGAGAUGCUGAUGAUGCUGUUUAUGAGCUGAAUGGAAGAGAACUCCUAGGUGAAAGGUAUGGACCACCCACGAGGACAGAACAUCGUCUGAUUGUGGAGAACCUGUCUAGUCGGGUCAGCUGGCAGGACUUGAAGGAUUUCAUGCGGCAGGCUGGAGAAGUCACGUAUGCUGAUGCGCACAAGCAGAAAAGGAAUGAAGGCGUUGUGGAAUUUGCCACCCACUCUGACAUGAAGAAUGCACUGGAGAAGCUGGACGAUGCCGACUUGAACGGUCGCCGGAUUCGGCUGGUCGAGGACCGAGGGAGGUCCCGCCGCUCUCGCUCGUCCUCGGGCUCUCGAUCUCGCUCCCGAUCCAGGUCGCGGGAUCGGCGCCGUUCUCGCAGUCGCUCUCGCUCCAAGUCUCGUUCCAGGUCAGUCCUGUCCUUGCUCGACGAAUCCAGAUGUCUAGGAGCCGUUCUGCUUCGAAGUCCAAGAGCCGCUCGAAGUCUCGCAGCCGUAGAAUGCCUCGCGAUCCAGAAGCAAGAGCCCCCCCGAGAAGAAGAAGCAGCGCGACGAGCACAACGGCAGGGAAGACAGCCGCUCGAAGAGCCGUUCCCGUUCCCGUUCGCGGUCCCGUUCCCACUCGGGAUCCCGGAGCAAGAGCAGGAGCAGGAGCAGGAGCAGGAGCCCGCCCGACCACAACGACUCGGGGGCGAAGGACGAGUGACGAGGCCGUGUCAUGCCGUGCCAUGCCAUGUCAUGCCAUGUUUCGAACUCUAUCUGGUUACAAUUUUUUUUUUUCUCUUUUGUCUUCUACCGAUGCUUUCUGCCUGGCUGUACAAAUGGUCUCUCGUGUCGUCGUUUCGUUCUCUCGCCUGUCGCGUAUCGUCUGUCGUUGCUCCUCCGCCUCUUUCCUGGUUUCUUGCCAUCGCACCGCGUCCAGAUGAUUUCGUGUUCGAUCCGUGGAAUUCCGUGUGGGUGUCGGGAUGAAAGUAGAAUCGUUUCUCAGGAAGGAGUUCCAGCAUACAGGUAAAUGUGCAUAAUGUAUCGAUCGCCUGGAAAUGUUUUCUUUCCUCGUUGUUUACACUCUGUGAACCUUGUUCUGUCUUGUGAAUAAAGUUCUCAUCAUAGUUUGUGA